CUCAGACGAAUAAAAGAAAUAGACCCGUAUUAUCUAUCCUUUUUCUGAAGCCAACAUACUUGUCAAGACCCCUCAUUAACAAGAUAAGAGCCGACUGGUUCGUGUAUCGUCGGAUGCAUUGAGUUCGGGCUCGUUCGGGCGUGGUCAUUUCAGUCAUUGUUUUGAUUUUUGAUAGUAUUGAGGUUAGUGUUGUUGUCUGUCGUAGUUUUGAUUUCCUGUGUGUAUUUUCUGUGAGAAUUGUAUUUUUUCGUGUGGAAGACGAUUUAUGGUGAAUAUGGGUAAAUCUUGCAUGAUUUGUGGCCUGAAGAAAGUUCCUGGAGAUGAGAUAUCAGUUCAUCGAUUUCCUUCAGAUGAGAAAAUGAAGAAGGUGUGGUGUGAUGUCCUAAAAUUGGAAGUGGCUGAUUUGAAAGACACAUCUUAUAUUUGUUCCAAGCACUUCCACAAAAAAGAUAUUAUACAAUGGCCUAGUAGAACAUUCAUCAAGGAGGCUGCAAUUCCAUUUCUCGUAGAUAUGGAAUCAGAAUCAAUAUCAACUGAACCAAUUGCAUCUUCUUCCCACUCAGAGAGCCUGGAUGAAAUGCAGAACAUUGUGGAAGAAACGAUAAGUGUUGAACAAACAAAUGGAGCUCAGUCAAGACAUAGCAUUGCUACAAUAUCUGAAGCUGUUGAAGUUAAUGAUAGUUCUAUGAUUGGAAAUCCUAAUGAAUCAUUUUCAUCUUCUUCAACCUUGACGGCCUCAGGAACACAAAGUGGUAUGGAAGAAACUAGCCCAUCAAAGACGGAUAGUGCAGAAAGUGACGAAGUUUAUGAUAAAGAUAAUUUUGUUGUUCCAAAAACCUGCAAAUUAACUAAACGAAAAAGGACAACUGAUACAAGUGAUUCUGUAUUGCCUCCAAGAAAAAGGGUUCCACUUCGAUAUAUAGGAGAUUGUGAAAGUGAUGAUAUGAGAGAUCCUAGAACUGCAAAAAGAUGUUUGGACAUUAGUCGGAAAUCCAUAAAAUAUCAAUCCAUAAAAAUCAAAAGGCUUCAACAAAUGAAUAGGAGACUGAGAGGAAAAAUCCACUCCUUAACAGCACUUACAAACCAUUUGCGACAUAAAAAUCUUAUAACCGAAGAUGCAGAAUCUGUCAUUAGUGCAUCAGUCUCAGGAGCUGCAAAACAAUUGAUGACAAGAAUGCUGAAAAAGUCAAGAAGUCAGAAGUAUUCACCUGAACUGAGGCAGUUUGCAUUGACUUUGAAUUUUUAUUCUACCAAGGCCUAUAAUUAUGUCAGGAAUACUUUUCUGAAGUGCCUUCCACAUACAAGGACUUUGACAAAAUGGUACCAAACCAUAGAUGCAUCUCCAGGAUUUUUGACGGAGGCAAUGGCUGCUUUGAAACUUAAGGUGGCAGAAGCUAACUCUCGUGGACAAAAAAUCUUGUGCAAUCUCGUAUUUGAUGAGAUGGCCAUCAGGAAAAGAGUUGAAUGGGAUGGUGAAAAAUUCCAUGGUUAUGUAGACAUGGGAAUCAAUUUCCAAUCAGAUAAUUUAGAAGAGGCAAAAGAAGCAUUGGUUUUUAUGUUGGUGGCAUUAAACUCCCAUUGGAAAAUUCCUGUAGGAUAUUUUUUGAUCAGUGGGUUAGGUGGCUCUGAGAAAGCUAAUUUAGUUACAAAAUGCCUUGAGUUCGUUCAUGAGAGUGGAGUAAUUGUAACAUCAAUGACAUUUGAUGGAGCUCCAACAAACUUUGCAGUUGCCAAUCAUUUGGGGGCAAAUUUGAAUGCUUCAAAUUUAAAAACAUAUUUCUCACAUCCCAUUACUGAUGAACAUGUAUAUGUAUUUCUUGAUCCUAGCCACAUGGUUAAGCUGAUGAGAAAUUGCCUGGGAAGUCAAGAAAUAAUUGAAGAUUCCCAGGGGAAUUCAAUCAAAUGGGAAUUCAUCGUCAAGUUAUGUGAUCUUCAAGAGAAUCAGGGGUUACAUGCUGCCACAAAAUUAAGGAAGAGGCAUAUUGAAUGGGCAAAAGAAAAAAUGAAAGUGAGACUUGCGGUUCAAACCCUCAGCAAAAGUGUAGCUGAAGCUUUAGAUUUUGUUAAUAAAGACCUGAAGCUAAAAGAGUUUGAAGGAUCUGAAGCUACUGCUAAUUUUUGUAGGAUUAUUAAUAAUCUUUUCGAUAUUUUCAAUUCCAGAAGUAGAUUCACCAAGAAACCUUUCGAGAGGCCCUUAUCACCUGCAACGAAAGAGGAAUAUUUUAACUUCCUUACUGAAUGCAGCAGUUAUAUUCGAUCACUUAAGUUAAAAGGUAUACCAAUUCUUGAAUCAAACAGAAAAAGUGGAUUUUUAGGUUUUCUUUCCUGUAUCGAGAGCUUAAAAAGUUUGUAUGAAGAACGAGUAGAAGUUAAAAAGGAAUUGAAAUAUAUUCUGUCAUAUAAAAUAUCUCAGGACCACUUGGAAAUAUUUUUUGGAUGUGUUCGGAGUAAAGGAGGCUAUAAUAAUAAUCCUACAGCACGUCAAUUCGAGAACACUAUGAAAAGAUUAUUAAUUCAUACAGAAAUUAAAGCUGGUGAUAGUGGUAAUGCAAUAGCACUUGAUUCAACUUCGAUUCUUCAUUGCUCAAGUUAUGUUCCAACAAAAAAUAAAUUUGUUGAAAUUGAUGCCAAGAUACAAGAGUCCUAUGAAGAAAAUAUUGAUCAUGAUUAUGUACAUUCAUCAAAUGUUUGGAACAUGACUUUGUACAAUGAAGAUGUAAUAGGGUAUACUGCAGGAUUUGUCGUGAGAAAAAUAAAACCAAACGUCCAUUGUAAUUUAUGUCUGAUUAUGUUAGAAACUGAUGAGAAUAUUUCAGCACUACAGUUGAGAAAAACAUAUGGACGAUUGAUUAAGGCAUCUGAGUUUGUUAUAAAUGUUUGCAAAGAAGGCGAAAAGUGCUUAAGGUCAUUCAAGUCAUCAUCAAAUUUGUUUUCAAGAGAAUUCGGGAAUUUAAAGAACUUUCUGAUUAUAAAAACCAUACAGAAUCUACCAACAAAUAUAUAUAAUUCCUUUGAAGAUCAUUUCUAUGAUGAGGAGCCCUUGAGUAACCAUGGUUAUGUAUUGACCAAAUUGAUCUUGGAUUCAUUUUUUCACAUAAGGAUUCACCAUGAAACAACGGCUAAAGAGAGUGAAAGACCAGCACGAGUUCGAUCAUCUUAUACAAAGAAUAUUUUAUUCAAAAAUCAAUAAGCUUUAGCAAUUUUUUUGUUUUUUUUUGUGUAACCAUUUUGUAUAAGUAUAUAUUGCGAGUUUUGAUCAUUAAAAAAUUAUUUGAAGUAUGGA